CCUUGACAUCCUUAAAUCAAUAUAUCAAAUCAAUCCUGCACAUAAAAUAUUGUUGGUUUCUCUCAGUUUUCCUUUCGAAAUUCUCUCCAACUGUCAGAUUGUAUGUAAAGAAUCGGCAUGUCUCUAAUAUGUUCUCAUCCAGACUGGCUUUUAGCUUCAAUCUCUGCCUAAGAUUGUUAGUGCUCGAAAAAACUCAAUAUUUAUAGUAUCUGCUCGCACUUGAACGCCCUCUGCUGUUAUUUUCUCUUUCAGUCCACUCAUCUGUAGGUCGAUGCUGAUUGCUAACGUAAUGAUUCUGAGCGAGCACCCCUCCGGUCUUUACGAGGCUCUCUGGAAAAUCAGAGACACGGUGAAGGAAGGAGAACCGGGGGCACCAGCCGAGCUGCAGACCGCCACCGCGACAUCCUGGACCAUCUUCCCCGGUGAAUGUGUAUGAUCCUCCGGGUGUAUUCUGAGGGAGACACCGCACAGCUCAAAGACCUGCCACACAUUAUAACAGAUAGAACAUCAGUGUGAGAGCAUCAGUAAGGAUGGUGACCGUGGCGACCCCCGAGGCUCCCGUCCCUCUCACAGCUCUGUCCCGCUGGUACCUUUACGCCAUCCACGGCUACUUCUGCGAGGUCAUGUUCACUGCCGCCUGGGAGUUUGUGGUCAACUGCAACUGGAAGUUCCCGGGCGUGACCAGCGUGUGGGCGCUCUUCAUCUACGGCACCUGCAUCCUCAUCGUGGAGCAGAUGUACCUGCAGCUGCGCGGCCGCUGCCCUGUGCUGCUGCGCUGCGUCAUCUACACCUUAUGGACGUACAUUUGGGAGUUUGGCACGGGGCUGCUGCUGCGACAGUUCAACGCCUGUCCAUGGGACUACUCCGAGUUUCGCUACAACUUCAAGGGACUGAUCACGGCUGAGUACGCGGUGCCCUGGUUCUGCGCCUCUUUCAUCGUGGAGCGCUUUGUCAUCCACAAAACGCUGCGGCUGCGGUUCCACGAGGGGCCUGAGGACGGCUGGUCAGGUGGAGGUGGAGGGAGGAGGAGCUUAGGGACGGAAAAUGAUGCUAAUGGACACUUUAAAGGAGAAUGAAUGAAGGAUUAACACAAUCUGAUCGCCUCACCCACUAACUGUGAGGGGUGAAGACACACACAGCUGUGUACACUGGGCUGGUGUGCAGAGGUGUGUCAGAACAGACGGAAAACGAAAUCACUCCUCGUGCUCUCUGCUGUCCACAGAGACACAAUAACUCCAUGCUGCUGCAUCUCAUAACCAACACACACAUUUCCAUGUGGGGUUGACCUUAGGGAGAUCAAGGUCUUAAAUGACCCGGAUUACACACUUACAAUAUCUCCUGUCCCACAGACUGCAAAAACCUCUAAAUAAAAAACAAACACUUGUUUGGUGUUAUCAUCCGGGGAGGAAGUUAGUUCAAGAGCAAUACUUGUUUUUCAAGGGCACAUCAUUGUAUCUGAAAGCAGAAUGCUUGCUGCAUAGAAAUCAUCAUAAAAAGUAGCUACAGCUGUAACAAGUUCUUUUUAAAAUGUACAUAUUGUCCUUUAGUAUUAUUCAAAGUACUGUAGUAAUGUAGCUACACAAUGCUCUAUAAGAACAAACCCACCAUCCUCGUGUGUCAUGAAGAAUGUUUUAGUGAAUAUCGACAAUGCCUCGGAAAAAAAUGCAUGAAAAAAGAUGUCUUCCAAUAUAAUAUACAUUUUUAGAAAGCUCAUUCAGCAGUCAUACUGUACGACAGUCUGCUGUGUGUGUGUGUGUGUGUGUGUGUGUGUGUGUGUGUGUGUGUGUGUGUGUGUGUGGUGUGUGUG